GAGACAAAUCGUAUAAUCAAACUUUAAUCAUAUAACGAUCAAUUCUACUCUGAGGUGCCCUCUCUGACUGAAUAUGAUUACAUAUUAUUGGGUUUUAGUUUUGGGGAUUGUUGCUCUGAGUGGUUCAGCUAUGACUGAGUAUGGUCAGGCUACCGGUUCAAGACGCAUUGAGAACAGGCAACCACGAUUUAGAAAUAAACGAUCUAUGGAUAAGAGAUUCAUUAAUAAUGCAACUGUAUAUUAUACCAUUAGUAGUCAGUUCAGCUCUAGUCAGAAAAAUUAUAUUUUGGACAAGAUUAACAGAUUCAAUAAGCUGAGUUGCGUGCAAUGGUUGCCGAGUGUGCCUGGGAAACCCCUAUCGGUUGAGUUUGUUACGACUGGUAAUCCAGGGUGCUUCACCUACCAACGGGGCACUCAGAACGCCUCCGAAAUCAACCUCAGUGAGCACUGCUUCGAAUUUGGUUCGGUAACGCACGAGAUGGGCCAUGCGCUGGGUUUCCAACACGAGCAAAAAAGGAGAGAUCGAAAUUGUUAUUUGGAAAUAGAUCCAUCACUUGCAAAGAAAGGAGACUACGAAAUAAGUCCAUAUAUUGACACUUCAUUUCCCUACGACUGGACAAGUUUUAUGCAUUACAAGAAAGGUCCCACUUUUAAGCUUCGUAGAGAGUUUUAUGAUCACCAGCAAGAUCAACUCGGGCAAUACGAACAACUCAGCAAAAUGGACGUUAUAAAACUGAAAUACUACUACUGUGGGGGCCCACAUUAUUGUACUACAUAUCCUGAUGAAUGUAAGAGACGAAAGGAUUUUGUAAGAACCAUGUACUGUUCCUUUUAACGAGUACAAUUUCUUUACCUUUACAUAAUAAAGGACUAUAUUGGAA